UCCGCCCAAACAGUGUGCCCACACAAUGAAUACCGUCCGAACGUGUUUCUGCGAACAGGCCGGGGCGGACGCCGGCAAGUACCAGCGGAGAAUGCCGCAGCGACUGGGGGACGGAGUCCGGGCGGCGGUUGAUGCAGCGAUGAUGCGUUACUAUUAUAAGCCGUCAAAGUGCAAAGCCACCCAAGUGCUAGUCGACGUGUCCGCCGUGGAGGUGCGUAGGCUGAUGGAGGUGCACCCGUCGGUCAUCAAGUUGCCGUCGGGCUACUGCUUCGACCUGACGCCAUCCGAUGAGCUGGUCGUGGCCCGGACGUGCCGACCAGUACUGCGGCCAGGGCAAUUACACGUGCGUCAACAAGUGCUGCAAACACGACGACGAUGGUUGGAAGUGCAAGCAGAGCGAGAAGCCGUUCACGAUGUCCUCCUAUGAAACAGACGCUACCGGCCGUCCGGUGGGCCAAUCAAACCCAGUUGUACCACGAAACAAAUGGUUAAGGACGGGUUCGUGUUGACCACGGAUGGCAGCCUUUACCUUACUGGCGACCGCAAGCGCGUA